AUGGCAAGUUACGAAACUGAACACGGCAUCGAUCGAGUAGAUCAAACCGAAAGCCGUCCACGCAGGCCGGACCUUUCUUCCUUCUUCAAUCUUCUGUCCCAGAUUACCCCCGAUCGACCGGAGGAGAGAGCGCGGGAAUAUGCUCUUCCAGUACCCGGCGAUGUGUCGGCCGCAUUUACCUCACUCGCCGAAGCAUUUCAAAUAAUUCAAAGAGAAAAUGACCAUGCAGACUCGAAUCUCCUCCAAGACAUGAUCAGCUCCUUGAUAGAAGCAGCCGAACAUCCACCUCGGGAAGUGAAAGGUGUGGACGAGGAAUACAUUGCUGGCCUCGAGCGGGUCAAUAUCAAGACGGUCAAGAAGGAUGCGGAAUGCCCGAUCUGUGGAAAUGCAUUUGUGGACGACCCUCAUCCACUUGUGGUACGGCUACCCUGUCACCCGACUCAUAUCUUCGAUCUGGAGUGCAUCAGGCCCUGGCUUCUUUUGAAUGGGACCUGUCCUCUCGAUAGAAUGGAUCUGGCGCAGCGGGAGCGGGAUCGAAAACAGAAACUGUUGGAAGAGAUCAAAAAGAAUGCCGCUCCUGACGAUGAGGAGGAAGAGUGGGAUGGACUGUAUGGCUAA